AUGAUGACUGGCGCCUCGCCGCCCGCGCAUUCGCAGGUCCUCACCCUGGGCGGCUCGAGCGAGAAUCAGGCGUCGCUCACGCCGCUUGCGCGGCCACCGGCACCGCGGCCGCCUCCGGUUAGCGUGUCGCGCAAGCGCAAGCAGCUGCCGGCGGCGCCUGUCAUCGAGCCGCCGCCGCCUGUCCCACGGCCGUCCUCCGGUUCCAGCUCCAGCCGCGCAAAGGCCCCGAUCGAGGUGACGCGCACCUCGAUCGAUCUCCCAGCGGUGCCGGCGGCGCCCGGGCUGCUGCGGGGUGGCUUCCUCCAGUGGCGUUACGGGCCCUCGCGGUUCGCGGAGAUUCAGCCGCACGUCUUCUCCAGCCCGAGGCCUAGCCUCAGCUUCAGCGUCCCGGGCGGCGGCUCGGGGCCCCCUGCCUUGUCGAUCGCUGACGUUGACGUCGUCUGCAACGACAACUUUGUGGUGGUGAUCAAUCGGCCCGACGUCGAGACGGCGAAGCGGCUGGCGGCAGCGGCCAUACCCGCCCCAGCCAAGCCAGAGACGCGGGCCGUGGCGCCCUGGCUAAACACCGGGCGCCGCUUGAGCGUCAAGGGCUCAGAGGAGGUCUGGACACCUCUGGCCGACGAGGCGGAGACGUCCCUGCCGACGCGGCGGGUGUAUCUCCCGAAGCAGGCGGAGUGGCAGCGACAGGUGCUGCUGUCAGACUCGCGCGUCGAGCGCAUCGAGCUGCACGAGCGCAACGGCGGGUGGAGCGCAAAGUUGGGUCGGAAAACCGGCGCGCAUGUGCUCGCGGCGAUGCCGGGCGCGGAGCUUCGACUGGUCGUCGCUACGGAGUUGCUCGACCCGGGCCGCGAAGGCUGGCCUCUGACGGCCAGCGCGAGUAUACUGUGCGAGGGCCUGACGAAGGCCGCGAAAGAACUGUGCUUUCAGGCUCGAGCCCGUGGCUGGCGGCUGGCUGACGCGCGCGAGUUGGCCCUCUCGUACAUGGAGCACGAGAGCCGUGUGAAGGCGGCGCGAGGUGGCGCGGACGUCCCGUUGCACUUGAUGUGGCAGAUGGCCGACUCAGCAUCGGCGCAAAAGUACUCUGACGAGCUCAAUGCACGGCCAGCCCGCGUGCUCAUUCGGUGUCGGCAAUUCCGGGGCACCUCGAACAACUUCGACAGCAUGCUACGCAGCUCGGAAGAGCUCGCGGCUGCGCGCAAGGAGUCGGCCAAGGCCGAGCUCUUUUCUUCGCUGCAGAAGUCGCUCGACGCCGACUCUGCGGAUGCCAGCAGCUGGACGACGGCCUCGGCCUCUGGCUUGCGUUGCGACGUCUCAUCUUCGAGUGGAGAGUCCCCUUCACAGGGAGGAGAGCGCGUGGCUAUCGUCGGGUACUCGUGCAUUCUCCCGGGCGGCGAGAACGUCAACGAGGCCUGGGAGAUGAUCCAGGCUGGCAUCGACAACAUCCGCGACCUGCCAAACGACCGGGUCGACGUGACUGCCUACUACUCAGGGUCGGUCGACUCGAACCCGACGGACAAGAUCUACUGUACGCGCGGCGGCUUCAUCCCCAACUACACCUUCGAGCCGCGCGAGUUCAACCUCAACAUGCUGCAGCUUGAGGACACGGACGCAAACCAGACGCUCUCGCUUCUCAAGGUCAAGGAGGCACUCGAGGACGCGGGCAUCAACCCGUCGGGCAACGUGCGCAAGAACAUCGGCUGCGUGCUCGGCAUCGGCGGCGGCCAGAAGUCGUCCAACGAGUUCUACUCCCGCCUCAACUACGUCGUCGUCGAGAAGGUGCUCCGCAAGAUCGGCAUGCCGGAGGAGGACGUGCAGGCGGCGGUGGCCAAGUACAAGGCGCACUUCCCCGAGUGGCGGCUCGACUCGUUCCCCGGCUUCCUCGGCAACGUGACCGCGGGCCGCUGCUCCAACGUCUUCAACCUGGACGGGAUGAACUGCGUCGUCGACGCCGCCUGCGCCUCCUCGCUCCUGCUGCACGGCGACUGCCGCACGAUGGUAGCGGGCGCCACCGGCACCGACUGCUCCAUCGGCAUGUACAUGGCCUUCUCCAAGACGCCCGUCUUCUCGCACAAGCAGUCCGUCACCGCCUACGACGAGACGGCCAACGGCAUGCUCAUCGGCGAGGGCUCGGUGAUGUUUGUGCUCAAGAAGCUCGAGGACGCGCUCGCGGACGGCGACACGGUGCACGCGGUGAUCCGCGGCUGCGCCUCCUCCUCCGACGGCAAGGCGCCCGGCAUCUACGCCCCCACCAUCUCCGGCCAGGAGCUGGCGCUGCGGCGCGCGUACGAGAAGGCUGGCGUCGACCCCGCCACCGUGACGAUGGUGGAGGGGCACGGCACCGGCACGCCCGUCGGGGACGCGAUCGAGCUGACCGCGCUCAAGAACGUGCUCGGCGAGGGGGCCGCCAAGGAGGCGGACCCGCGGCGCGAGCGCGUCGCCGUCGGCUCGGUCAAGUCCAACAUCGGCCACCUCAAGUCCGUCGCCGGCUGUGCGGGCCUGCUCAAGACCGUGCUCGCCCUCAAGCAUAAGACCCUCCCAAAGUCGAUCAACGUGUCAAAGCCGCCGAAGCUGCGCGACGGCACGCUCAUCACCGACUCGGCCCUCUACAUCAACACGCGCGCGCGGCCCUGGUUCCCGCGCCCCGGGGUGCCCCGCCGCGCGGGCGUCUCCUCCUUCGGCUUCGGUGCCGCAGCUAGACUGUUACACCGGCUAGCCAUAUUGGUCAGCCUUCUAGGACGGAAUCCAGCCCCCUCCCGUCGCCCACUCCCUGCCUCCCCCCCCCUCCCCUCCCGCCCCGUCCUAGGCGGCGCAAACUACCACUGCGUCGUCGAGGAGUUCGAGCCCGACCACACGCGGCCGUAUCGUACGCACGGCCGCCCCGACCUCGUGCUGGUGAGCGCGCCGACGGCGGGAGCGCUCGCCGCAAAGGUAACCGCCUCGCUCGACGCCCUCGCCGCCGCGCUGAGCAAGGCGGACCCGGACAAGGCCACGGUCGCGCGCUGGACCAAGGACGGCUCCGCCUCGUACCGUGGCGGCGCGCACGCGCCCGAGCAGCGCGCGCUCGCCCUCGUGUACGCGCAGUUUGUGGCUGACCACGCGCCGCCGGAGGGCGGGGCGCCGCCGUCGGACGCGCGGGUGGGCUUCGUCUCGCAAGGCGCAGCGCACGCGGUGGAGGUGCUGACAGCGAUCCGCGACAAGCUGGCCGCCAAGAAGGAGGCGACCGCGUGGGCUCUGCCGCGGCAGGGCGCGCACUUCCGAGCGGCGGGCGCGCAGACGGCGGGCAAGGUUGCGGCGGUCUUCUCGGGGCAGGGCGGGCAGUACACCGGCAUGUUCGAGGACGUCGCGAUGGACUGGCCGCCGAUGCGGUCGUCCGUCUCGCAGAUGGACGAGCACGCGUUCAAGGCGCGGCCGGUGGACGUGCCGCUCCCGUCCGAGGUGCUCUUCCCGCGCGAGGCGUACGCGUCGGACGCCGACCUCGGCCACGAGGCGCGGCUGCAGGAGACGGCGCACGCGCAGCCGGCGACGGUCGCCGUCUCGCUCGGUGCGUUCGACAUCUUCGCCGCGGCCGGGCUGCGCCCCGACUUCGUCGCGGGACACUCGCUCGGCGAGCUCUCGGCCUUGUGCGCCGCCGGCGUCCUCGAUCGCGCCACGGCGUUCGGGCUCGUGUGUGCGCGCGCCGACGCAAUGGCGGCCGCGACCGGCGAGGGGCAGUCGAUGGCGGCGGUCAUCGGCCCGGACGCCGCCGCGCUCACCUUGAGCACGCCCGACGUGUGGCUCGCAAACAUCAACGAGCCGGGGCAGGUCGUCAUCUCCGGCAAGGCGCCCGCCGUCGCCGCUGAGUCGGCGCGGAUGCAGGCCGCCGGAUUCCGCGUGGUGCCGCUCGCGGUCUCUGGCGCCUUCCACACGCCGCUCCUCGCCUCGGCCGGCGCGGCUUUUGGCGCCGCCGUCGAGCGCGCCGCGGGCCAGUUUGAGCCGCCCACGCGCGCAAAGAUCUACUCGAACGUCACGGGCGACUCUGCGUACGCGCGCGGCGGCGCAGACUCGGCGGCGCUGCUGCGCAAGCAGAUGGUCUCGUCGGUGCAGUGGGUGAAGCAGGUGCAGGCCAUGUACCGCGACGGCGCGCGCGUCUUCGUCGAGUUUGGCCCGCGCGCGACGCUCGCCAAGCUCGUCGAGAAGAUUCUGCCCAAGGGAGAGGACGUGUGCGUCGUGGCGGACGUGUCGGCCGACAUGCAGCUCCGCGCGGCGGCCAUCCAGUUGGCGGUGCACGGCGUGCCGCUCGCACGCUUCGACCCGUGGUCGCUGCCCAACCCGUUCCUCGUCGGCCGGCCAAGCGAGUCGCCGGCGCCCACGCCGGAGAGCGUGCUGAAGGUCAAGAAGGGCGUGCUCAGCCUCUCGGCCGCCACCUUCAAGGCGCCGCGCACCACGCGCGCGACGGAGGCGGCGAUGAGCGACGGGUACAAGAUCUCGGGCAACACGGUCGCCAGCGUCGGGCCGACCGACGCCGAGCUGCAGGCCGCCAAGAAGGAGGCGAGCGAGCGCCAGCAGAUGGUCAAGACUGCCGAGGCGACCAUCGGGCAACUCCAGGCAAAGCUCAACGCGGCGGAGUCGGCGCUUGAGGAGGCAAAGGUGGCGCUGCGGGAGCGGGCGGAGCAGCGCACGGCGCCGGCCGUGCAAGCGACGCCAGCUUCGACCGUUGCCGCGCCGCCGGCCGCCGCGCCGUCGCCAUCCGCGGCGCCUCCGGGCGUGUCGUCGGAGAAGGCGACCGAGACGGUGCUGGCCGUGCUCGCCGCCAAGACGGGGUACGAGCCGGAGAUGAUCGAGAUGGACAUGGCGCUGGAGACGGAGCUGGGCGUCGACUCGAUCAAGCGCGUCGAGAUCCUGAGCGAGGUGCAGAAGCAGCUCAGCGUCGAGGCGCAGGACGUGGCCGCGCUCUCGCGCACGCAGACCGUCGGCGAGGUCGUCGACGCGAUGCUCAAGGAGAUCCGCUCGCAGGGCGGCGGCGUCGCUGCGGCGGCGGCGUCCGCGCCGCCGCCGGCCGCGCCGUCGCCGUCCGCGGCGCCUCCGGGCGUGUCGUCGGAGAAGGCGACCGAGACGGUGCUGGCCGUGCUCGCCGCCAAGACGGGGUACGAGCCGGAGAUGAUCGAGAUGGACAUGGCGCUGGAGACGGAGCUGGGCGUCGACUCGAUCAAGCGCGUCGAGAUCCUGAGCGAGGUGCAGAAGCAGCUCAGCGUCGAGGCGCAGGACGUGGCCGCGCUCUCGCGCACGCAGACCGUCGGCGAGGUCGUCGACGCGAUGCUCAAGGAGAUCCGCUCGCAGGGCGGCGGCGUCGCUGCGGCGGCGGCGUCCGCGCCGCCGCCGGCCGCGCCGUCGCCGUCCGCGGCGCCUCCGGGCGUGUCGUCGGAGAAGGCGACCGAGACGGUGCUGGCCGUGCUCGCCGCCAAGACGGGGUACGAGCCGGAGAUGAUCGAGAUGGACAUGGCGCUGGAGACGGAGCUGGGCGUCGACUCGAUCAAGCGCGUCGAGAUCCUGAGCGAGGUGCAGAAGCAGCUCAGCGUCGAGGCGCAGGACGUUGCCGCGCUCUCGCGCACGCAGACCGUCGGCGAGGUCGUCGACGCGAUGCUCAAGGAGAUCCGCUCGCAGGGCGGCGGCGUCGCUGCGGCGGCGGUGUCCGCGCCGCCGCCGGCCGCGCCGUCGCCAUCCGCGGCGCCUCCGGGCGUGUCGUCGGAGAAGGCGACCGAGACGGUGCUGGCCGUGCUCGCCGCCAAGACGGGGUACGAGCCGGAGAUGAUCGAGAUGGACAUGGCGCUGGAGACGGAGCUGGGCGUCGACUCGAUCAAGCGCGUCGAGAUCCUGAGCGAGGUGCAGAAGCAGCUCAGCGUCGAGGCGCAGGACGUGGCCGCGCUCUCGCGCACGCAGACCGUCGGCGAGGUCGUCGACGCGAUGCUCAAGGAGAUCCGCUCGCAGGGCGGCGGCGUAGUGGGCUCCCAGCCCGUCUCCUCGGCUCCAUCCCGGUCGCUAUCCAUUGCCUCCAUCGGCUCCACGCCCGACAUGGCCACCGCCCUCGCGUCCACGCGGCGCCCGUCGCCUCCCUCCACCAAGGAGGGUGCCGAUACCGCCGCUCACGACGCGAUCUCGGCUGCGUCCGACGUGACCGUGUCCUACGCGGCAACGCUGCCCAUCUCGCCGCCUCUGGCCCUGCAGAUCGGCUUCGACCGGAAGCGCCCCGUCCUCGUCGUCGAUGACGGGUCUCCUUUCACCGCCGAGCUGGUCGCCUCGCUGAGCGGCUCCGUCGACUGCCACGUCAUCGUGCUGUCGUGGUCCGGCGUGCAGGUGCGCGGCGCCACCACCAUCCGGCUGCAAGACACCUCGGAGGCUGCGCUCAAGUCGGCGAUCGGCUCCAUCACUGCGCAGCACGGCGCCCCCUCCGGCUUCGUCUACCAGCACAGCGCCGCCUGCGCCGGCGACGACCACGCGCAGCUCCGCUGGGCGCUGCUGGCCGCAAAGCACCUGCAGCCGCACCUGCAGCAGGCGGUGACGCCGAGCGGCGGCAAGGUCGGCCGCUGCUUCUUCGUCGGCAUCGCGCGCAUGAAUAACGACGGCUGCCUCGGCAUUGUCAACAGCAUCCGCUCCGGCGCGGCGGCUCCGGUCGAGGCGGGGCUGCAGGGCGUCCUGAGUGCGCAGCGCGGCGCCAUCUUCGGCCUCGUCAAGGCGCUCGCGCUCGAGUGGCCCCACGUGUUUUGCCGCGGCAUCGAUCUCGACGGCGCCAUCGGCGCAAAGGCGGCGGCGCGGCUGGUGCAGAGCGAGAUCGGCUGCGCCGACCGCACGCUGCGCGAGGUCGGGUACGGCGCGAGCUGCCAGCGCCACGCUUCGACCGCCAAGGAGCUGCUCACGCCCGGCGCGAGCGAGGGCGCCCGCCCCGCCUUUUUGCCCACCGACGUGCUCCUCGUCUCGGGCGGCGCGCGCGGCAUCACGCCGCUCUGCAUGGGCGCGCUCGCCAAGCGCGUCGGCGGCGGCACCUUCAUCCUGGUCGGCCGCUCGGCCGUCAAGGAGGAGCCGGCGUGGGCGCGGGCGGUGGCCGACUCGGGCAAGCCGCUCGAGAAAGCGGCCUACGCGCACAUGAAGGCCGAGUUUGCGGCGGGGCGCGGGCCAAAGCCGACGCCAAAGAGCCUCGACCAGCUCGUCGGGCAGGUGCGGGCCAGCCGCGAGGUGCUCGAGUCGAAGCGGCAGAUCGAGUCGCGCGGCGGGCGCGCCGUGUACAUGCCGUGCGACACCAACGACGCCGCCAAGGUCGCCGCGGCGGUGCGCGCCGUCAAGACGCAGCACGGCCUGCAGGUGACCGGCAUCGUGCACGCGGCCGGUGUGCUGCGCGACAAGAACGUCGAGAAGAAGGAGGCGGCCGACUUCGACGCCGUGUACGGCGUCAAGGUUGGCGGCCUCGCCAACAUGCUGCAGGCGCUCGCGCCGGCCGAGCGACGCUCGCUGCGCCACCUGGUCGUCUUCUCGUCGCUCGCCGGCUUCCACGGCAACGCGGGGCAGACCGACUACGCGAUGGCCAACGACGCGCUUUCCAAGAUGGUCCACCGCUUCGGCGCGUCCCAUCCCGGCUGCUCGGUGCGCGCGCUCUGCUUUGGUCCGUGGGACGGCGGCAUGGUGAGCGCGACGCUCAAGGCGCACUUCAAGGCGCAGGGCAUCCAGAUCAUCCCGCGCGAGGAGGGCGCCACGCAGGUCGCCGCCCUCCUCUCCCUCGGCGGGGCCGACCGCUCGCAGUGCCUCGUCGGCAACUGGGCGCUGCCACCGGUGCCGCCGCGUGAGGCGGCGACGGCCCUCAACUUCACCCUGCGCUCGCCGGCGACGUCCGGCGGCUACAACGGCUUCCUGGACGCGCACGUCGUCCGCGGGCGGCGCGUCGUGCCGAUGACCUGCGCGGCGUCGCUCAUGGCCACCACCGUGCUGCGCGCGCACCCCGGCUUCCACCUGGCGCGGGUCCAGGACGUGCAGCUCUUCGGAGGCCUCUUCGCCGACGAGGACACCGAGGUGACGCUGACGAUGAAGCGCGCCAGCGCGCCGGACGCGGCCGAGCUCGAGAUCGCCUGCCGCAUGGCCGCCGCGAGCGGGGGCGCGCGCGCCGCGCCGGCGUACGGCGCAACGGUGGUGCUCUCGACGACCGCCGCCGCUGUGCCGUGCGGCGUGGGCUGCGGCAGCCAGCCGGGCAGCGUCGCCGCCCUGUACGACGGCGAGACGCUCUUCCACGGGCCCGCGCUGCAGCACAUCGCGCACGCCGCCAUCAGCGGCGACGUGCUCACGGCGAAGUGUGUCAACGUGUCGCUCGACGCGGCGGAGGCCGGCCAGUUCGAGUCGACGCGCACUUGCGUCAACGGCUUCGCGGCCGACGCGAUGAUGCAGGCGAUGCUCGUCGCGGCGCGGAGCAAGCUCGGCGCUGCCUCGCUGCCGUCCACCAUCGGGUCGCUCGAGUGGCACCGCCCCAUCGCGCCCGGCGGCGAGUACCGCCUCACGCUCGAGUUUGCAACCUCGCCCACCGGCUGCACCGCCACCUGCUACCUGCACGACGCGGCCGGAGUGGCGUACGCCACCGGCCGGCAGCUCGCCGUCACGAUCAACCGCGGCCUCGACUUCCGGGCGGCGGGCAAGGCCGCGGCGGGCAGCAAGGCGGCGGGCAAGGCGGCCACCGCCCGGCGCACGCCCACCGACGACCCGCGCAUCGCCAUCGUCGGCAUGGCGGCGCGCUACGCCGGCGCGCCCGACUUGGACGCGUUCUGGCGGCUGCUCAGCUCGGGCGAGGUCGGGACCGGCUCCAUCUCGCCGGCGCAGCUGGGCGUGGGCUCGAUGGACUCGCACUACGGCGGCUCGAGCGCAAAGGUGCAGGGCGCCGACUGCAUCAAGAACGACCAGUACGGCUCGAUCGAUCCCGUCGAGUCGGAGCACGAGCUGCUGCUCCACCUCGCGCGCGAGGCGCUCAAGGACGCGGGCAGCCCCGACGUCGCGUCCCGCUGCGGUAUCGUCUCGGGCUGCCUCUCCUUCCCGAGCGACAACAUGCAGCGCGCGCUGCAGCGCGACGUGUACGAGGGCGCGCUCGAGCGCGCCUACGGGCAGACGCCGUCGAUGCAGGCGACCGCCGGCACGCCGUGGAUGGCGCUGGGCCGCAAGCCGCCCGUCGACACCGAGCGCGCCGCCGCCCUCGCCGAGGUCGACCCCGCCUCCUUCGUGGCGGCCGAGAUCGGGCUGUCUGCCGGCACGCCGCGGCUGUGCCUCGACGCCGCGUGCGCCUCCGCCCUCUACUGCAUGAAGCUCGCGCAGGACUACCUCGUGACGGGAGACGCCGACGUGAUGCUCUGCGGCGCGUCCUGCCUCCCCGAGCCGAUGUUCGUCCUCUCAGGCUUCUCCGCCUUCCAGGCGCUGCCGCCGAAGGAGGGCGGCACCUCGGCGCCCUUCGACGCAAAGACGGGCGGGCUCACGCCGGGCGAGGGCGGCGCCAUCUUUGUGAUGAAGCGGCUGGCCGACGCCGAGCGCGACGGCGACCGCAUCCACGGCGUGCUGCUCGGCGCGCACGUCUCGAACGCUGGCUGCGGCCUGCCGCUCAAGCCGCACUCGGAGUCGGAGCACCAGUGCCUCGCGGAGACGUACUCCAAGUUUGGGCUGUCCAAGGCGUCGCCGCAGUACAUCGAGUGCCACGCGACGGGCACGCCGCAGGGCGACAUGUGCGAGCUCGACGCGAUGCGCAAGUUCUUUGGCGCCGCGCAGCUGCCACUCCUCGGCUCGUCCAAGGGCACGUGCGGCCACACCCUCACCGCGGCCGGGUUUGCGGGCGCGUGCAAGCUGCUCCUCGCGAUGAAGCACGGCGUCAUCCCUCCGACGCCAAAGCUGACCCGCCCGCUCGACAAGAACAUCAUCACGGCGAAGACGGCGUGGCCCGAGGUCGCCAACGGCGCGCCGCGGCGCGCCGGCCUCUCCGCCUUCGGCUUUGGCGGGACCAACGCGCACGCCGUCCUUGAGCAGCACUCGCCCACCGCGGCGGCGCCGCCAAAGGGCCUCGGCGGCCCGCCCGCCGGGGCGAAGCUCGCCAUCGUCGGCAUGGCGGCGCGUUUUGGCACCCUCGCCGACCUGACCGCGCUGGAGCGCGCCGUGCACGACGGCGGCGACGGCGCGUGCGAGCUGCCGCCCAAGCGGUGGCGCUUCCUCGCCGAGGACGCGGCGUUCCGCGAGUCGAUCGGCGUGCCGGAGCAGAGCCCGGUGAGCGGCUGCUUCGUCGACAAGAUCGACGUCGACUAUGAGCGGCUCAAGCUGCCGCUGCUGCCGGAGGACGAGCUGCAGCCGCAGCAGCUGCUCGCCCUCUCCACCAUCGACCGCGCCCUCCUUGACAGCGGCGGCGCCGUGUCCAAGGGCGGCAAGGUCGCGGUGCUGAUCGGCCUCUCGACCGACAUGGAGCUCUACCGCCACCGCGCCCGCGUGGCGAUGCGCGAGCGGCUCGGGCUCACGCCGGACUCGACGCUGACGGAGGAGCAGGCCAGCCUGCUCUCGCACGUGAGCAACGUCGCCACGUCGACGAGCUACACCUCCAACAUCGGCAACAUCAUCGCCACGCGGAUCGCAUCGACGUGGGGCUUCACUGGCCCCGCCUUCUCGGUGACCCAGGGCGCAAACUCGGUCUACCGCUGCCUCGAGCUCGCGAGCAAGUGGCUCGCGCGCGGCGAGGUGGAGGCGGCCGUCAUCGCAGGCGUCGACCUGAACGGCAGCGCCGAGGCGCUCUUCACCAAGACACGCAACGGCGUGCGGCUGUCGCACGCGCAGCAGCCGGCCGCCUCCUUCGACGCCUCGAGCGACGGCGUAUUUGUCGGCGAGGGCGCGGGCGCGCUCGUGCUCAAGCGGAUGGCAGCCUGCGACCUGGCGGCGGCGACGGCGCCGCGCGUGUACGCCUCGAUCGAUGCCGUCGCCGAAGAGCCCUCCGUCGAGGCUGCUGCGGCGGCCGCACUCGCCACCGGCGGCGUCGACGCGAGCGCCGUCGAGUACGUCGAGCUCUCAGCGGACGGCGAUCGGCGCAUCGACGACGCGGAGGUCAAGGGUGUGGCGAGCGCGUACGCGGGCUCGCCGUCGAGCCGGUCGGUCGCGGUGGGCACCGUCAAGGCGAACGUCGGGCACGUCGGCCACUCGAGCGGAGCCGCGGCGCUGAUCAAGACGGCGCUCUGCCUGCACGGCCGCUACCUGCCGCAGCUGCCUCGCUGGUCGAGGCCGCAGCAGCACAUGCAGUCGACGUGGGAGGGCUCGCAGCUCUACGCGUGCGCCUCGUCGCGCGCAUGGGUCAAGAACGCGGGCGGCCUCCGCCGCGCCGCCGUCUCGGGGGUCGCCGCGUCGGCGCCCGGCUCUGCCUUCCACGUCUUGCUCUCCGACGUGCCGGCCUGCCACGAGACGCACAACGUGCUGUCCCUCGACCCGGCGGCGCCCAAGCUCGUCACGCUGCGCGCGUCCACCGCCGGCGAGAUCGUCGCCGCCGUCGAGGCCUCCCUCGCCCGCAUCGAGGCGGCGGCCGGCAGCGCGGACGCGGAGUUCGGCCUGCUCCUCCACCAGACGGUGGUGGCCGAGGCGAGCGCGGCGCCGCUCCUGACGCUCUGCCUCGUGACGACCGCCGCCAAGCUCGCGACCGAGCUCAAGCACGCGGCCAAGGGCGUCGGCAUCUCGAUCCGCGUGGGCAAGGACUACACCUCUCCCUCGGGCUCCUUCUUCACCCCCUCGCCGAUGCGCUCCGACCGCGUGGCCUUCAUGUACGGCGACGGCGCGAGCCCGUACGCCGGCUUCGACGCGGGGCUGCACCGCAUCGCGCCCGGCCUGCACGAGACCGUGGAGAAGGGCACGACCGACAUGUGGGCGCGGAGCGACGAGGCGUGGAACCCGCGCGCCGUCUCGCUCGACGAGCUCGGCGACAAGAGCGCCGCCUUUGACAAGGACCAGGUCGAGAUGUUCCGCGGCGGCGUCUACCACGCCUUCUGCAACACGGCGGUGGCGCGCGAGGUGCUCGGCGUCGCGCCGCGCGCCGCGUGCGGCCUCUCGCUCGGCGAGGUGUCGAUGCUCUUCGCCUUCGGCCCCGAGAAUGCCAAGAAGUCCGACCAGCUCACCGCGCGGCUGGCGGCGUCGCCGGUGUGGACCGAGCAGCUCGCCGUCAAGAUGAACGCGCUGCGCUCGGCGUGGGGGCUGCCCGCCGACGCGCCGGUGGGGAGCUUUUGGCGCGGCUUCGUGCUGCACGCCACCAAGGCGCAGGUGGCGCAGGGGAUCGAGGCGAUGGGCGCCGCGGCCGGCUGCGUGCGCCUCCUCAUCGUCAACGACAACAAGUCGUGCCUGAUCGCCGGCAAGCCGGAGCAGUGCGAGGCCCUCAUCGCGCGCCUCGGCUGCCAGUCGUCGCCGCUCGAGCAGGGGAUGGUCGGCCACUGCGCCGAGGUUGGCCCGCACAAGGCCGCCAUCUCGCACAUCCACGGCAUGCUCUCGAUGCCGCCGGCGUCCGACGUGCAGCUGUUCUGGUCGUCGGGCGCGCGCGUCGAGCCCUUGAGCGACAAGAAUGGCGCGCAUGUCGGCGACCUGUGCGCCGAGCUGUACAACAAGCUGGCCGACUUUGAGCGCGUCGUGCACGCCGUCCACGCCAAGCAGUACGACGUAUUUGUCGAGCUCGGCUCGGGCGACAAGCGCGCCGCCGCGGUGCACAGCAUCCUCUCCGAGGGCGGCGCGCGGCACGUGGCCGUCGCCAUCGACGCCAAGGGGCAGCCCGCGUGGCAGCAGAUGCUGCGGAUGGCGGCCAAGCUCAUCUCGCACGGCGGCACCGGCUGCGGCGUCCGCAAGCUCUACCACCCGAAGCUGCUCGCCGAGGCUGCGCAGGUGGCCUCCGGCACGGCGCCAAAGCCGAGCAAGCUGCGCCGCCUCAUCGAGAUCAACGGCCGCUUCAACAGCUCGAGCACGCCGCGCCCGUCGAGGAUGUCGACGCCGAUGGACGAGCGGCUGCUGCGCACCAUCAAGCGCAUUCCCACUGCCUUCACGGAGGGCGCCACGAUGGAGUCGUCGCUGGCGGCGCGCACGCCGAGCACGGCGUCGCUGCUCGAGGUCGAGGGCGGCGGCACCUUUGGCUCGAAGGGGUCGGCGCUCGAGUACGAGAUAGAGUACCAGCGCGAGCAGGCGCGCAAGUACAAGGGCCCGCUCCUGUGGGACUUCGACGACCUGCUCGAGUACGCCGAGGGCAACAUCGCCCCCGUCUUCAACAAGCACCUCUCCGGCUCCCACCCUCCGUGGGCGGAGGUGGACUCGUACCCGUACUGCUGCCGGCUGCCGCAGCGCGAGUACCUGCUCUGCUCGCGCGUCACCAAGAUGCAGGCAACGACGAACGUGUUCGAGUCGUGCACCAUGACCACCGAGUACGACCUGCCGCCCAACGGCGAGCUGAGCGAGGGCGGCCAGAUCCCGUGGGCCGUGCUGGUCGAGUCGGGCCAGUGCGACCUGAUGCUCAUCUCGUACCUGGGCGUCGACUUCCAGAACAAGGGCCGCAAGGCGUACCGGCUGCUCGACACGACGCUCACCUUCUUCGGCGUCGCGCAGGAGGGGCAGACCCUCGUGUACGACAUCAAGAUCAACUCCUUCGCCAAGAAGGCGGGCCUCGUCUCGAUGUUCUUCUUCGAGUACAACUGCUACUGCGACGGCAAGCUGCUGAUCGAGAUGCGCAACGGCGUCGCGGGCUUCUUCUCAAAGCAGGAGCUCGACGAGGGCAAGGGCGUGGUGUGGACCGAGGCGGACCUCAAGAUGCGCGCCAAGUACGCCGCCAACAAGAAGGACCCGUCGCCGUGCCACCUCGCCCUCGUCACCGACAAGAAGACCUUCUCCGAGGCGGACAUGCAGAAGCUGAGCGACGCCGGCCACAAGCCCGGCACCUGGGGCGAGGUCAUGGGCCCCUCGGCGGCCGACGUGCAGUACAAGCUCUGCGCGCGCAAGAUCCUGAUGGCCGACCGUGUGACGCACAUCCUGCCGCGGGGCGGCGUGCACGGGCUCGGCCUGCUCGUUGGCGAGAAGAUUUUGGAGCGCGACCACUGGUACUUCCCGUGCCACUUCAAGAACGACCAGGUGAUGGCGGGCUCGCUCGUCUCGGACGGCUGCUCGCAGAUCCUCAAGAUGUACAUGAUCUACAUGGGCAUGCACAAGGCGGUCGAGGGCAUCACCUUCACCCCCGUGCACAACCAGCCAAACAAGGUGCGCUGCCGCGGCCAAAUCUCGCCGCACAAGGGCAAGCUCGUGUACUGGGUCGAGAUCUCGGAGCUCGGCUUCGACAAGGAGACGGGCUACCCGUACGCAAAGGCGGACGUCAACAUCAUCGACAUCAACUACGAGAGUGGCGAGUCGUUCGACCACCCGUCCGAGGGGGAGCUGCUCGCCGCGCUCGAGCCGUACUGCCGCGGCAACAUGAAGAAGCGGGUGGUGGUCGACUUCCGCGGCGUGGCGCUCCAGAUGGAGGGGCCUCCCACCGCCGCCCACCCCAUCCUUGGCAAGCGCGUCGCGGCGGUGCAGUCCGUGCCGCGCGCGCUCGUGCCCGCGCCGCCGCCCGCCCUGUCGCGCGAUCAGAUGUACGCGGCCGGAGGGCUGCACCUGUCCGGCGGGCAGCGCUCGGCGCUGCCGCCGCAGCAGUUCAUGAAGUGGGGGGGGGCGACCGUCGGCGGGCACAAGCUCACGUGGCACCCGUGGGCCGGCAGGGACGGCCACCCGACGCCCGGCUUCCGCGCGACCUCGUACCCGCCGCGGCCCAUCUGCUUCACGCCCUUCCCAAACAACCCGAACGACACGAACCACACGCCCGGCGAGCUGCCGCUCUCGUGGGUCAACAUGUGCGAGUUCAUGUGCAACGACCUCUCAAAGAGCCUCGGCGACGACUUCAAGGGCUUCGACGAGGCCUCCGUCUCGCGCUCGCCCGCCUUCGACCUCGCCCUCACCACGCGCGUCCUCUCCGUGACGGGGCUCGUUGAGGAGAAGGGCUCGACCAAGUUUUACGGCACCGACCGCGACCCGUCGAGCGGCACGAUGGUGGCCGAGUUCGACUGCCCCGCCGACGCGUGGUUCUUCGUCGGCGCGCCCAACGACGCGCAGAUGCCCUACUCGAUCCUGAUGGAGAUUGCGCUGCAGACGUGCGGCAUUCUCACCUCGUGGAACAAGGCGCCGCUCACGAUGUCAAAGGACCACGGCUUCAACCUGCUCUUCCGCAACCUGGACGCCACCGCCAAGCUGUACGCGCACGUCGACCUGCGCGGCAAGACGAUCGUCAACACCUCAAAGUGCACCGGCUACGCCAUGCUCGGCCAGAUGGGCGUCCAAAAGUUCAACACCGUGCUCGAGGUGGACGGCAAGCCCUUUUACGAGGUCGACUCGUCCUUCGGCUGGUUCCUGCCGGCGGUCUUCGAGAAGCAGGUCGGGCUCGACAACGGCGUCAAGCGCGAGUGCUGGCACGUGGCCAACAAGCACCCCGUCACCCGCUUCGCCCUCCCCGCCGACGAGGGCAAGCUCUUCGCCGGCGCCGUCGCGGCCGGCCUCGCGCCGGCCCACCUGCUCAGCCGGCGGUCGGACCAGGUUCGCUUCCUCGAUGAGAUCGGCCUCUCGGCGACGGGCGGCGAGCACGGUAAGGGGUACGGCCACGGCUUCAAGACCGUCGACCCGCGCGACUGGUUCUUUUCGUGCCACUUCUGGUGCGACCCCGUGAUGCCGGGCUCGCUCGGCAUCGAGGCGAUGCACCAAACGCUCGAGCUCUUCUGCGUGCACACGGGCCUCGGCGCGGGCAUCGCCAACGCGACCUUUACGCACGACCUCGGCAAGACCACGUGGAAGUACCGCGGCCAGCUCACGCCCAAGGCCAACCGCGGCGACGUCGAGGUCCACAUCAAGACGGUGGAGAAGGCCGACGGCGCCGUCACCGUCACCGCCGACGGCUACUUGUACGUCGACUCGCUCCGCGUGUACCAUGCGACGGGGCUGCGCAUCCGCAUCGCGCCGGCCGCCGCGCACCUCCUCACCGCGCCGGCGCCGGCGCCGGCGCUGCCGCGGCCGGCGCAGAGCGCGGCCGAUGUCACCACGGUCUCCGCCGCCGACGCGGCGGCGGUGCGCGAGGCGCUGCUCGAGACGGAGCAGCCGCUCGUGGUGGAGGGGCCGGGCGUGGGCGCGGUGCAGGUGCACCCGGUGCCGCUCGGGUCGCUCGGGCUGGGCUCGGCCGCCUUCAUGCAGCACUACGGCGUGCAGUACCCGCUCUACACGGGCGCGAUGGCCAAGGGCAUCGCGUCGGCCGACCUCGUCAUCGCCGCCGGCCAGCACGGCAUGCUCGCGUCCUUUGGCGCGGGCGGGCUGCCGAUUGGCAAGGUGACGGCGGGGCUCGACAAGAUCCAGGCCGCGCUGGGCAGCAAGCCGUUCGCGGUCAACCUGAUCCACUCGCCCUUCGACGACCUGCUCGAGGAGCGCAACGUCGACCUCUUCCUCUCGCGCGGCGUGACGGUCGUCGAGGCGUCCGCCUUCAUGAAGCUGACGCCGCACGUGGUGCGCUACCGCGUGGUCGGCCUCUCGCGCGACGCGGCGACGGGCAGGACGGUCUGCAAGAACUCGAUCAUCUUCAAGGUGUCGCGCACCGAGCUCGCCGACAUGGCGCUGCGGCCGCCGCCCGCCGACAUGGUGGCGCGGCUGCUUCGGGAGGGCAAGGUGACGGCGGAGCAGGCGGCGCUCGCGGCGACCGUGCCGAUGUGCGACGACGUGACGGUCGAGGCGGACAGCGGCGGCCACACCGACAACCGGCCGCUGCAGGUGCUCCUCCCUGUCAUCAUCGCGCGGCGCGACGCCGUCAAGCUCGAGACGGGCGUGCACGUCCGCGUCGGCGCCGGCGGCGGCAUCGGCUGCCCCGAGGCGGCGGCGGCGGCCUUCGCGAUGGGGGCCGACUUUGUGGUGACGGGCACGAUCAACCAGCUCGCGCGGCAGUCGGGCACGUGCGACACGGUGCGUGAGCAGCUCUCCAAGGCGACGUACAGCGACGUGGUGAUGGCGCCGGCGGCGGACAUGUUCGAGUCGGGCGUCAAGCUGCAGGUGCUCAAGAAGGGCACCAUGUUCCCGUCGCGCGCGCUCAAGCUGUACGAGCUCUUCCUCGCGUACCCGUCGCUCGACGCCAUCCCGGCCGACGUGCGGCAGCGGCUCGAGAAGACGGUCUUCCGCAAGCCGAUCGACACGGUGUGGCAGGAGACGGUCGACUUCACGCUCAACCAGCUCAAGGACCCCGAGAAGAUCAAGCGCGCCGAGGCGGACCCGAAGGGCAAGAUGGCGCUCAUCUUCCGCUGGUACCUCGGCCUCUCGAGCGGCUGGGCAAACGCGGGCGUGACGGACCGCGCGAUGGACUUCCAGGUCUGGUGCGGCCCCGCCAUCGGCUCGUUCAACGACUUUGUGCGCGGGACGUACCUCGACCCGGCCGUCGCCAACGCGUACCACGACGUGCACGAGGCGAACAUGCAGCUGCUGCGCGGCGCGUGCGUGCUGCGCCGCAUCGAGCAGCUCAAGGCGCACGCCGGGGUGCGCGCCGCCGUCGACGCGACCGCCCUCGCGCCGUACCGCCCCGAGCCGGUCGCGUAGUCACGCGGCCGGGGUGGCGCGAGGGCACGGGCGAGCGAGCCAAAGCGCGCUCUAGGAUCAGGCGCCCUGGCCCUCCUCCGCGCCCUUGCGCGCAUGCAUGCGCAUACACACUGAUGGACUCCAUGACUGAUGAUGCGAGACCCUCACCGGGAGGGUGUCGAAUACGUGCUGUGACAGUGUGCCGAGAUGAGAGACGGGGGGCUUCGUAUUCCGAUCUGCUCUCUGUCUGGUCUUGUCUCGUGACUGAGUGACUGUGUCGUUGAUGGUAUUAUACUGAUGGGUACAGGGUACGCA